UGUAGCAGAGCAAGCCAUGACUUUGGUAUGCUGACAGCAAGCCUAGAUUUAAGAUUCAUUCUAUUUCCAACCUUCAAACAAUAAAGAUAGAACGUAACAGUUGGCGACGAGAAGAAAGAAACCCUCGCAAAACCCUCAUUAUUUUCAAGCUCUUUCCAAGCCAGCCUGAAGAUGUCCAACGACGACCUCAAGAACGCUAUUCUGCACCUGACCCAACUGAUUUCCCACCAGCAGCAACAAAUUUCCGCCCUUCAACGGACGAACGGAACGACUGACGGAAGCGAGAAAAUCAUUGAGUCACUGGCCAGCGGAAUUCAAGAGUUCGAUUUCGACCCGGAUGGACCCAUCUUCUUCAACGACUGGUACGCAAGGUAUGAAGACGUUUUCAAAGAGGAUGGACGGCGCCUCGACGACGCGGCUAAGGUCCGGCUACUUCUUCGCAAGCUAAGCGGUCCGGUGCACGAAAAAUACGUCAACAGUAUACUUCCCAAGCAUCCCCGUGACUACAAGCUGGACGAGACGGUAUCCAAGCUCAAGAAGCUCUUCGGCCGGCAGAAAUCCGUUUUCCACGCUCGAUAUCACUGCCUUCAAUACUUCAAGAGCGAAGCGGACGAUUUCACUUCAUAUGCGGCAAUGGUGAACAAACAUUGUGAAGCCUUCCAACUCUCGAAGCUCUCAAGCGAUCAAUUUAAGGCUUUGCGAUUCAUCUGUGGACUCCAAUCGCCGAGAGACGCAGACAUCCGUGCCAGAUUGAUUUCCAAGCUAGAAGCAGACGAGAUAGCGACCGCAACUGAAGGAACGGCAAGCAAAGUCACGUUGGAGAUUCUAGUGGAAGAAUGCCAUCGGAUGGUGAAUCUUAAGCAGGAUACGCAGAUGGUGGAAAGCAAGGAUACCCGAUGUGUCAACGCCAUCGCUCGAAACCAAAAGAAGCCUGUGAAGAGGAUUCCCAAAACCCCCUGCUGGAAAUGCGGUGAUUUUCACUACAUUCGUGACUGCCCUUUCAUCGAUCACACUUGUGGGAAGUGCAAACGUCAAGGUCACAAGGAAGGUUACUGUUCCAGCGACAAGCCCCCCACCUCGAAGAAGCCCACAAAUACAAAACCGAAGGAACAAUUGAAGUCCAGGAGCAUCCACAUGGUACGUAACAUCAGCAGCAAGCGCAAAUUCGUUCCAGUUCAUCUCAACGGCGUCAAGAUUCAGCUCCAACACGAUUCCGCAUCUGACAUUACCGUCAUCUCGGAGCAGACAUGGAACAUCAUCGGAAGACCAACAGCUUUCGCCACUGAAGAGCUAGCGGUAUCAGCAUCCGGUGAUAGUCUCAAGCUUCUCACGGAAAUCUGGACGGACAUCACGAUCGGAGACGCUACCAAGAGAGGAAGAAUUUUUGUUGCUGAUAACCCCGAUUUGAACGUGCUUGGCAUCGAAACCAUGGACCUGUUCGACCUCUGGUCCAUUCCGAUCAACAACCUCGUAAGUUCAGUCACCCAACGGCCAGGAGAUUCCGUGGAGCAGCUCAAGCGACAGUUUCCUGAAGUUUUCCAAAGCACCCUCGGCCGAUGCACCAAGGCGCAGGUGAAGCUUUACGUCAAGCCAGAAGCACGUCCAAUCUACUGUCCGAAGCGUCCUGUAGCCUACGCCGCAGUACCGAAAGUAGAAGCGGAGCUCCAGCGUCUCGAAGACAACGGCAUAAUUUCUCCUGUUCAAUUUUCUGACUGGGCAGCACCAAUAGUCGUCGUACGGAAAGCAGACAACAUCUCGGUUCGCAUUUGUGGAGACUAUUCCACCGGCCUGAAUGAAGCGUUGCAGUCCGACCGUCAUCCGCUGCCCCAUCCAGACGAUAUUUUCGCAGAGUUAGCUGGUUGCCGUUACUUCACCCAUCUCGAUUUGUCAGACGCCUACCUGCAAGUUGAGGUCGAAGAAAGUUCAAGGAAACUACUUACGGUGAACACUCAUCGAGGACUUUUCCAGUACAACCGUCUUCCACCUGGAGUCAAGUCGGCGCCCGGAGCGUUCCAGCGCAUAAUCGACAGCAUGGUUGCUGGUAUUCCCGGAGUCAAACCCUACCUGGACGAUAUCCUCAUCGCUGGCCGAACCAGGGAAGAACACGACAGGUCUCUUCAAGCAGUUCUGGAACGAAUACGUGAGUAUGGUUUUCACCUGAAGAUCGAGAAGUGCCGUUUUGCAAUGCCGGAGAUCCAGUUCCUCGGGCAUAUCGUGAACAAAGAUGGCAUCCGCCCCGAUCCAGUGAAGACUGAAGCCAUUUCUGAAAUGCCCCCACCUCAAGAUGUUCAGCAGCUCAGAUCCUACCUCGGCGCCGUGAACUAUUACGGCCGGUUUGUCAAGCAAAUGAAGGAGCUCAGAUCGCCCAUGGACAACUUGCUCAAGAAGGACGCUCGAUGGAUUUGGUCGGAAGAAUGUCAACAAUCUUUCGACCGGUUCAAAACCAUUCUUCAAUCGGACCUGUUGCUGACCCAUUUCGACCCUUCCAAGGAGAUCAUUGUUGCCGGCGACGCUUCCAAAUACGGAUUGGGAGCCGUUAUAAUGCAUCGUUUCCCAACUGGAGAGGUCAAGGCCAUCGCGCAUGCAUCUCGUUCAUUGACGCCAGCAGAAACCAACUACGGCCAGGUGGAGAAGGAGGCACUGGCGCUGAUUUUUGCGGUCACGAAAUUCCACAAGAUGCUAUACGGAAGACGCUUCGUUUUGCAAACCGACCACCAACCCCUCCUCAAGAUUUUUGGAUCAAAAAAGGGCAUCCCAGUUUACACCGCGAAUAGACUGCAGCGAUGGGCCCUCACUCUUUUGCUGUAUGACUUCGAGAUUCAGUAUGUUUCUACGACGAAUUUCGGCCAUGCUGACGUCCUAUCCCGAUUGAUGACAUCACAACGCCGACCGGAUGAGGACUACGUUAUUGCUGCCGUCCACGUGGAAACCGAAAUCAGAGCGAUUCUCGAAGACACCCUGCGGAAACUACCAGUGACGUUCAACAUGAUUGCAGCCGAGUCACAGAAGGACGCGACGCUCAAGCAAGUUUCAAGUUUCCUUCAAUGCGGCUGGCCGUCGAACGUGAGUCAGCUAAUGGAUCCUGCUGUGAAGAAAUUCUACGCCCGGCGUGAUGGACUCCAGCUCAUCGAUAACUGUGUGAUGUUCGGCGACAGGAUCAUCGUUCCUCAGAGGUACCGCAAACAAGUUUUGAAACAGCUACAUAGAGGACAUCCGGGCAUGGAGCGCAUGAAAGCCAUUGCUCGAAGCUAUGUCUACUGGCCGGAUGUGGAUGGCGAUGUGGAGCAAUAUGUACGUCAGUGCAGAGCCUGUGCUGAUGCUGCAAAGUCACCAAGGAAAACUACUCUUGAAUCUUGGCCGAUUCCUACCAAACCCUGGAGCCGGAUACACAUUGACUACGCAGGACCGAUCGACGGAUUGUACUACCUGGUCAUUGUGGACGCCUUUUCAAAAUGGCCCGAGAUUUUCCGAACGCGUUCCAUCACCGCCUCCUCUACAAUCGAAUUACUACGAGAGACGUUCGCUCGUUACGGUAAUCCAAACACGUUAGUUUCGGACAACGGAACACAAUUCACUUGUGAAAGCUUCAAGAACUUCUGCUGCAUCAACGGAAUUACGCACAUCCGUACAGCCCCGUAUCACCCACAGUCCAACGGGCAAGCCGAAAAAUUUGUGGAUUCUUUGAAGCGAGGACUGAAGAAGUUAAAUGAGGGAGGAAGACCAUCAACUCCAGAACAUCUUCAAACCUUCCUUUCCGUGUAUCGAUCAACACCCAACAAAAGCUCACCCCAUAUGAAGACUCCAGCGGAAGCUUUCCUGGGAAGACCAGUUAGGACCACUCUGGAUUUGCUCAAGAAACCGAUUCCUGUUCCUGCAAUUCCGAACGAAAAACAAAACAUCCAGUUCAAUAAGCGGCACGGAGCAACCCGCCGUGAAUUUCAACCAGACAAUAUGGUGUUUGCUGAAUACCAUCAUGGCAAUCAGAAAUCAUGGAAACCCGGAGUUAUCAUCGAACGCAAAGGAUCAGUGAACUACAAUGUGCUCUUGGACCUUGGUAGACGACAGAGACUAAUCCAGUCUCAUACGAAUCAGCUUCGACCACGUGCAGACAACGAUCAACCGGAAGCAUCAGUUCCAGACGUUCAGCUGCCUUGGGAGAUCCUGAUUGAAGAAUUUGCAGCUACAACGAUCCAGGCAGUACCAAACGAUGAAGAUGCUCAACCGAUUCUUCCUCCGGAUGCCAAUGACAAUUUGGACGAAAACAAUGUCGUUGAACCUGAUGAACAGCAAUCAAUUAUGUCCCUGACGGAUGAAUCCGCUGAAGAAGAUCUUCGAACUGAUCAAGGUUCCUCGGAAGUAGCCAGAGAACAGCCAGCGCGCAACAGAAGACUUCCGUCGUGGUUGGCCCCAUACGAUAUCUUCUAGGAGGGAGAUGUAGCAGAGCAAGCCAUGACUUUGGUAUGCUGACAGCAAGCCUAGAUUUAAGAUUCAUUCUAUUUCCAACCUUCAAACAAUAAAGAUAGAAC